GAAGUUUUGGUGGGAGCAAUCAAAGGUAACUUCCCGCCAGCACUUCUGUAAAGACCGUUCGGUAGAUUCAAAGAUUCGCACAUCUGUCUCUCUCCUCUGAUUUUGGAAGCUGCCCACUUUUCGGAGCUUCGCCACUGAGGCUCUGAGUGAUUGGUGGCGGAAGAUUGGGGCCGGAUAUGGCGAGAAUGCCGCUGAUCUUCGUCUUCCCCUCCAUUGAUUUGGGAGGUCUGGCUUCGAACUGGUGGAAUGAGAUCAACGACUCGACUCGGUGGCAGGAUGGGAUUUUCUUCACUCUCUGUGCCGCCUAUGCCCUUGUUUCUUCUGUAGCCCUGAUUCAAUUAAUAAGGGUUGAAUUGAGAGUACCAAAGUAUGGUUGGACAACACAAAAGGUUUUCCUUCUUAUGAACUUCAUUGUAAAUGGAGUGCGUUCUGUUGUGUUUGGAUUUCAUUUGCAAGUGUUCCAUUUGCAUUGGAAGGUGCUAAUUUUGGUGCUAUUGGAUCUUCCUGGACUUCUGUUUUUCUCAACCUACACACUGCUUGUCCUCUUUUGGGCAGAGAUUUAUCACCAGGCUAGAAGUUUACCAGCAGAUAAGCUCUGGAUUUAUUACAUCUCAGUAAAUGGUGCAAUGUACUUUAUACAGGCUUGUAUCUGGAUUUACCUUUGGGUGGAUGACAACGGUAUUGUAGAACUUGUUGGGAAGAUAUUCAUUGCAGCCGUAUCAUUUCUAGCAGCAUUAGGUUUCUUGCUGUAUGGAGGAAGAUUAUUUUUAAUGCUGAGACAUUUUCCUAUUGAAUUGAAAGGGAGAAGACAGAAGCUUCUUGAGGUCGGCUCUGUGACUGCUAUAUACUUCUCAUGCUUUCUCAUAAGAUGCUUUGUGGUUUUUGUAUCUGCUUUUGAUUCAGACGCAUCACUAGACGUAUUGGAUCAUCCAGUCUUAAACUUGAUAUACUAUACGCUGGUUGAGAUACUCCCUUCAUCUCUGGUCCUCUACAUUUUUCGUAAGUUGCCUCCAAAGGGUAUACCGACGCAAUAUCAUCCCAUCUAUUAAGCCUGUGGAUAAAUGAUUGCGUCGUUAAACGCUAGUCUUGGUAGAGGUUUCGUAUUGGAACCAGAUAGACAACCAAAUCUAUUGACCUGGUAUGGCCUGUAUUCACUACUUUUUUUUUUUCCACGCAUCCAAUGCAUGGAGCUCUAAGAAAGGAGCUGAUGCAAAUAUAUUGAUCCCUGGUGGAUUUUGUUAGUUAUAUGGGUUGUAGACAUUUGCAAUUUUAUUUGACUGAGAUAGGGUUGUAAGGAAAUUUUAGCGAUGAAAUAUAAUUCUACUUUUCUUA